AUGUCAAAUUCAUUAGGUCCUCUGGGAUCUUCAGCUCAAGCUGGGCCAUCAAGCAAGAAAAGGGUUGCAUACUUCUAUGAUUCUGAUGUAGGAAACUAUGCGUACGUGGCUGGGCAUCCAAUGAAGCCUCACAGAAUACGCCUAGCGCACAGCUUGAUAAUGAAUUAUGGGACUUACCAUCAUAUGGAAAUUUAUCGUGCAAAGCCAGCGACCCGGCACGAGAUGACUCAAUUUCAUACGGAUGAAUAUAUAGACUUCCUCCAAAAAGUAACGCCAGACAACAUGGAUAGCUUCGCAAAAGAGCAAGGAAAAUAUAACGUGGGUGAUGAUUGUCCAGUCUUCGACGGGCUCUUCGAAUUUUGUGGUAUAAGUGCAGGAGGGAGCAUGGAAGGCGCUGCAAGAAUUAACCGUGGCAAGUGCGACAUCGCUGUCAACUGGGCUGGUGGCCUUCAUCAUGCGAAGAAGAGCGAAGCAAGUGGCUUUUGCUACGUAAACGAUAUAGUUUUGGGAAUUAUAGAGCUACUUCGUUUUAAGAAACGAGUUCUCUAUAUUGACAUAGACGUUCAUCACGGAGACGGUGUAGAGGAAGCUUUCUACACUACCGAUAGGGUAAUGACUGUUUCAUUUCACAAAUACGGCGAAUAUUUUCCAGGCACUGGUGAGCUACGAGAUAUUGGCGUCGGCCAGGGCAAAAAUUAUUCCGUUAAUUUUCCUCUUCGCGAUGGUAUAGAUGAUCACACAUACAAAGACAUCUUUGAGCCUGUGAUUGAAAACGUAAUGAAGUACUAUCAACCCGAGGCUAUAGUUCUUCAGUGCGGUGGUGACAGUUUGUCAGGUGACCGGUUAGGAUGUUUUAAUCUUAGCAUGAGAGGGCAUGCAAACUGCGUUGCGUACGUCAAAAGUUUUAACAUUCCUACUUUAGUACUAGGAGGCGGAGGAUAUACGAUGAGAAAUGUUGCAAGAACUUGGGCAUUUGAAACUGGUGUACUGGUCGGUCAAGAGCUGCCGCUUACCCUUCCAUAUAACGAGUACUACGAGUACUAUGGCCCUGAUUAUGAGCUCGAUGUUCGCUCGUCAAAUAUGGAAAACGCUAAUUCGAAGGAGUACCUGAAGAAGAUAACAGAACAAGUCAUCGAAAAUCUGAAGAAAACAACAUUUGCUCCAUCUGUUCAGAUGACCGAAAUACCGCGAACUACCAUACUUGGCGGCACUGAGGAUGACGAUGAUACAACCAACGAUAUGGACGAAGACGAUCACAAAGAUAUUCGCACAUCAAAGCGACAAUUCGAUGCACGUGUUACGAGAGAAAAUGAAUUCGAAGACAGUGAUGACGAAAAAGAUGCUGCUGCUGCUUAUGGCGUACGCCGUCAAAACGGAGCAAAUAAGCGUCGUAAUAUUGCAGAAUUUAAAGUUACAUCGCCAAUUGUUUCAGAAUUGAAAGUUGAGAGUGGUACGAUUUCUUCAAAACCAUCUCUCAACUCAUCAUCGGCUAGCUUCCCUCAUGUCAAGGAGAGUGAUGCAUCUUUUUGUCCAACCUCUACUGAGUCAAAGCCCACCAACCUAACUAAUCAUGGAAUGUUUCCAACGUCAACAGUAAUAAAUUCACCUGCUAACAGUCAGGACUACGAUGGGGAUGUUACUAUGAUUUUGUCCGAAAAAUCUGCCAGGAUAACAACUCCCCCGAUCGCAGUAUCAACCCGAUCGCUAAGCCAAAGAGAUUCUUUCAACACAACAACCUCCCCUAGGAAUGUUAAACAGGAGCGAAGCGACGAUGAAAGAAAUAUAACCACAAUUAAUGCGCCUGCUGAAAGUACCCAUUAA